GAUAAAAAGAUCGAAAUGAGGUUCGCUGUUAAAGCAUUUUUAUCUUUGCUUAUAAUUAUUUCAUGUGCAAAUUCUAGUCCAGUCCAUGAAAACUUUGUCAAUUGCAUGUCACCCUCAUUCAAUCCCUACACCAAAUCUUUUGAAAUCAUCUUCACUGCUGAAUCCCCUCUAUAUUCUGAUCUUUUGCAAUCAUCUCCGCAAAAUUUGAGAUGGGUAAACUCCACAACUUCAAAUAAUCCUCUUCUCAUCAUCGCACCAUUCCAUGAGUCGGAAAUCCAAGCAGCUGUUCUUUGCAGCAAAAAGCAGGGUGUACAAGUUCGAGUCAGAAGCGGUGGCCAUGACUAUGAAGGCUUAUCAUAUCUGUGUCAGACUCCAUUCAUUAUCAUUGAUCUCAGGAAUUUCCGAGCUGUAGAGAUUGAUAUCGCAGAUGAAUCAGCAUGGGUUCAGUCUGGUGCAACACUUGGUGAGCUUUACUAUGCUAUUGGCAGGAAGAGUAGAGUUCAUGGGUUCCCAGCAGGAAUAUGCCCUACUGUUGGUAUUGGUGGCCACUUCAGUGGAGGGGGUUUUGGUACCUUGCUGAGGAAAUAUGGGCUCGCAGCUGAUAACGUCGUUGAUGCUUUCUUGAUAGAUGUUAAUGGAAGAAUUCUCGAUAGAAAAGCCAUGGGAGAAGACUUGUUUUGGGCUAUUAGAGGAGGUGGUGGAGCAAGUUUUGGAGUCAUUCUUUCCUGGAAGAUCAAGCUUGUUAAAGUUCCUCCAAUUGUGACUGUUUUCACUGUUUCUAAAACUAUAGAACAAGGUGCUACAGAACUUGUCCAUAGAUGGCAAUACAUUGCAGACAAGCUACAUGAAGAUCUCUUUAUCAGAAUCAUCGUUCAAAAUGUUGGUGCGGGCACAAGAACAAAUCCAAAGACAAUCCAAGCUUCCUUUAAUUCACUGUUUCUUGGAGGAAUCGACAGGUUAAUACCAUUGAUGAACCAAAAUUUCCCUGAAUUGGGAUUGAAAGCUGCAGAUUGCACACAAAUGACUUGGAUUGAAUCUACCCUCUACACAGCAGGAUUUCCCAGAGGAAGCCCCCUGGAGGUCUUACUCAACAAGACUCAACUGUAUGAAGCCAUUUUCAAGGCAAAAUCAGACUACAUAACGGAACCUAUACCUGAAGAUGGAUUGAGAGGUAUAUGGCAGAGAUUCUUGGAGGAAGAGCUAGUGUACUUGAUAAUGGAUCCUUAUGGUGGAAGAAUGAAUGAUAUUUUAGAAUCAGAAACUCCAUUUCCUCAUAGGAAGGGCAACUUGUACAACAUGCAAUACAUGGUGAAGUGGAGAGUGAAUGGAGUUAGGGAAGCAAACAAGCAUGUACACUGGAUCAGGAUGCUUUACAGGUACAUGACGCCAUAUGCUUCCAAGUCUCCAAGAUCAGCCUAUUUUAACUAUAGAGACCUCGACUUGGGGAGAAACAAGGAUGUCAACACAAGCUACUUAGAGGCAUGUGUUUGGGGUAUGAAGUACUUCAAAGGCAAUUUCAAGAGGUUGGUCCAAGUGAAAAGCAAAAUUGAUCCUGGCAAUUUCUUCAGAAAUGAACAGAGUAUUCCCUCCAUCCAUGAAUAGGUGCAAUGGAAAUACAAAACUCGUACGUUGGAGUGAAACUUUUCUCCUGUAAGGUCCCUGUAUAAUUAUCAGGCACACCAAAUAGUAGACCCAACAUAUUGUGCUGGAUGUGUAACUCAAAAUGUAAAAUAACUACUUGCUUUUGUGAACACCCCACCCCAGUCAGAGUAACUUCACAUUCACCACGUAACUACAGCAGCAGACUGUAACAAGCUGAACGACAAGGCCUGUUGCUCCUAGCUUAAUGAAGAAAACCCAAAUUUUUAUAAGAUCAGAAAAACAGAUCGACUUACAACUUCUGGAAGCUCAAAUCACUCUGGAUAACAUCUUCACUGUUGAGAGACACAAGUCCUAGUAAAGAAGUAAUGGCAGCAAGUGGAACUGGAAAAGAUAGUUGAUAAAAGAAUGAAGUCAAAC